GUCCAGCACAGCCCUCUGCCCGACGCUUCCCUUAUGGAUUAGAAAUUGUUGGAAGUUCUUCUCUGCAUUUGUCAUGUGAUGCUUCAACAUAUGGGAUAUGGCUCAGACCUCGGUUGUCAAAACCCGACUGAGGAGAUCCCUCAGCGAGCAUGUGAAGGACUCCACCAACAAGGCUUGGGAAGGUUUCUGGAGGACUGUGAGGGAGAGGCGCCUGUGUGAGAUUGAAGCCAAGGAGGCCUGUGAUUGGCUGCGAGCCGCUGGCUUCCCUCAGUAUGUUCAGUUAUUUAAAGACUGCAGAUUCCCCAUUGAUACUGAGGCUGCGAGAGAGGAUCACAGCUUCCUGGAUAAAGAUUCUCUCGAUUCACUAUGCAGGCGGCUGAUGACCUUAAAUAAGUGCAUGGAAAUCAAGCUGGAACUUUGGAGAUCCAAACACGGGGGAGAAGACUGGGAAGAGGAGGACUAUUGCGCUAUCAGCCAGAACUGGACCUACGAUAAGAGAACCCACCAGUGGCGGCGCAUUAACUCCUCCAAGGAGAUGCCAGAUGACCAUCAGGACGUCUGCUCUGUCAACAGCUCCAGCAGCACAGACAGCGAGCUCCACGACGCUCACGGGAAACUGGUCUCAACGAGCCAGAGCUCCACUGCCAACAGAACACAGUUGCUGGACACGUCCUACAGCGGCCCUCCAUCCCCCAAUGGAGGGUCGUCCACUAUAAGUCUGGAAGCAGAGGUGUGCUUCAGAGAAAAACCACCGAGGAAGAAGUGCACCACUCUGCUGAGGAAGAUGGAGAAGCUGAGGCUGAGGGGGGCAGCAGGCGGCCAUUUUGGGACCCGCCGUGACGUCAGUGGGCCAGUUCUGGACCGACACAGAGAGAAGAUUUACAGGCAGCUCUGCACGUCCAAUCUGCAGGUUCAGCCCAGCAGCCACUCAUCUUCAUCGCCCUCAUCUUCUCACACAAUGAGCAGCGGGAGCAGCAGCACCAGCCAAUCAGAAAACAGCAGCACCGUCAGCACGCCCAGCCCCGUCACCCGGGUCAGAGCCAAUUGCAAACGCUCCAUCAGUGGGGUCGAGAUUCAAAGUGACCGGAACCAGAUGGAUACCGAGGUCUUCAAGAACCAGGUCAACAACAAUAACAGCAGCCAUGACAGAAUGAUCUUCCAGGUCCCCCAUGGACACAAACCAGGGACUUUCCCCACCUCCCUCGCCCACAAACAUAUCCUCUCCCCAAUCAUCGACAGCAACUGUGUCAACUGGCGGACCGGCAGUUUCCAUGGCUACAGGGCUAGGCACGGGGGCAGACAGGGCGCAUCGUCUCUAGUUGGUGGAGACCAAAGUCCAGCGUCUUCGUCCACGUCCUCCGGACGUACCGGUGCACUAGAUCACCGGCUCAGUGUCUAUGACAACGUGCCUCAUAACGCACAGCUGUCUGAGGGGGAAGGUGGUGGAAGUGGAAGUGAUGCGGAGAGAAUCAGUGAGGAGUCAGAGGUGAGUCCACUGCUGGCAGAUGAAGAUGUUUUCUCCGCUCUUGACGGCGUUCUGGAGCGAAUCAGCAACCUCCAACAGCUUGUCGUCUCCUGGUCGGAAAACAUCUCGGAGGACGAUUGUCAGAGAGGUUCCUCCUCUUCCUCACGUGACUCACCAGCCCACAGAUCCCCCUGCCCCGCCUCCCCUAGCCACAUCCACCUGGAGGUGCAGCAUCCAGAGGAGGAAGAAGAAGAGGAAGAGGAGUGCUUUGACAAAGUAACUGAUGUGUCAGAGAUGAGUGGAUCACCACCACCCAAGAGGAGGGUGAGCCGGUCCAGGCAGCGGAACCGUGCCUACCUGACCUCCGGUCUGGAGAUCCAGUCCGCUUCCCAGAUCCUCCGGCUCCAGAAGCUGUCUCUGCUCAAACUCACUGCACUGAUGGACAAAUAUUCCCCAUCCAGCAAGCAGGGAUGGAGCUGGACUGUUCCCAAAACUCUGACGAAGACCAAGGCGACAGCUGAGGUGAAAGGUCGGCAGGUGUUCGGGGUUCCUCUGCUCGUCAGUGUCCAGCAGACAGGAGAACCACUUCCUCCCUGCAUCCUCAGAGCACUGGUCUACCUGAGGACCAAGUGUUUGGACCAGUUGGGUCUUUUCCGGAAGCCUGGAGUGAAAUCUCGUAUCCAGUUCCUGCGUGAAAUGAUUGAGUCGGAUCCAGACGGAUUUUCGUUCGAGGGUCAGUCAGCCUUCGACGUUGCCGACAUGGUGAAGCAGUACUUCAGAGACCUACCUGAACCCAUAUUCACCAGCAAACUCUGUGAAACCUUCCUCCACAUUUACCAAUACUUUCCGAAGGACCAGCAGCUGGUUGCAGCUCAGGCGGCCAUAUUGCUCCUUCCUGAUGAGAACAGGGAGGCUCUGCGGACGCUGCUGUUCUUCCUGCGAGACGUCGCAGCCUGUGUUGACGAGAAUCAAAUGACCCCCACCAAUGUGGCUGUCUGCCUGGCACCGUCUCUCUUUCACCUCAACACCAUAAAGAGGGACUCCAACACAGCCAGAUCGGGUCACAGGAAGUACAGUCUGGGUCGACCGGACCAGCGCGACCUCAGUGAGAACCUUGCUGCCACUCAGGGACUAUCCAUCAUGAUAACAGAGGCACACAGACUUUUCCAGCUUCCGGAGUUUUGGCCUGGACAGAGUUUAAUAGAGGAUUGGUCUGAAGGAGGCGAUGAGGAUCUGGAGGAGAGAAGAAACCGUCUGCAGCAGAGAACGCAGCAGCUGCUGAGCGACGCUCAGGAGAAGAGCGGAGGCUGGGAGGACUAUCCCGCCCUGCAGGACGUGGAGCUGGCCUACAAGAAGAUGAGUGACGGCUGCCCACUGUGGACGUGGCGAGGCUCCGUGGAAGUGGCCGCUCCGCAGCAGGAGCUGCUGCAGCGGCUGCUGCGGGAGCAGCCGCUGUGGGAGGCAAACCUGCGCCGGGCCGCCGUCAUCCGCGCUCUUUCCAAGGACGCCGAGGUGUACCGCUACAUGCUGCAGGGCCGAGGCCACGCACUGGGCUCGCAGCCCCCGCAGGAGACCCUGCUGCUCAGAACCUGGCAAGCAGAUCCGUCCUGUGGGCCUGUGUACCUGUCCUCCAUGUCAACUGAGGUUCCUGAGGUCCAGGCAGAUGGAGUCAGGGUCCAGGUCCACUGCUGCCUUUACCUGCUGGAGCCCACAGGGGCCAUCAGAACCCGACUGACUCACCUCUGUCGCACUGACACCAGGGGACGGUCUCCGGACUGGCACAAGAAGGUCAGCGGACACCUUCUGGUCUCGGGUUUGUUGGCGGUCAGAGACUCCUUCAGAACCGACUACAAGGAAACUAAAAUAUGAGUCUGUCGCAUUUUCGUCUUCUACGCAUCCAAGUGCCUCCAGUUUCAGAACAUGGAGUAACAAAGUUCCCCUGAAAUGUUUUGGAGGUUGCUGAAAUCACUUCCUGGAGGCAAAGGAAGAAGCAGGGGAAAUACCUCACCUGCCUGGACAAAGACAAGAAAUGAGGACAAAUAACUGCAGGAAACAUACAUUUAAUCCCCCAGAUGUUUGGCUUCAGGGGAAUCAAACCAACAAUCGCAACAAACAUCAGAGCUAAGAGACUCAAAAGAAAGAAAAACGGCAGUGUCGAUCACCUGUGAAGAAAAAGACCUGAGUGUUUGGUGUAUCUGGUGUGAAACAAACAAGAUCCAGGCAGACUAAUUAUUUAAAAUUUUGUUUGUGAGUAAUGAUGGGAUAGAGAAGGGAAAUAAAUCACUCUGUGACAUACUUAAGCAUCUGCAGUGGUGAUUCAGGACUAAAACAAAGAUCCUGGAUCAGGUUUCCCUCUUGGACCUUAACGCUUAGCUAAGGCUAUGUUCACAUAGCAGGUGAUGCAACCCACACCCAACAUUUUCACCAAAAAAAACCCUGAUUUGUGCUAUUUCCAUAACUAUAUCAGACAUAUAUCUGAUUGUUUUUUGAUCUGCAGUCUGAAUGGUCACAAGUUACAAUUCUACAUGUAAACAAAGGUGGAAAACUAAAAUGAUGAACUUAUAGCUGUCCCAGUCAGACCAGCCUCUGUCACAUCCAAACACAUGAGGAUUAGUCAAUGAAUUGCCUAAUGUACAGAUUUUUUUUUAAUUGUAUAUUUCUGAAAGAACACUUAGCGCAGUAAAUAAGUCAAAACUGAUCAAAAAAAUGUUUUGCAUUUAAGAUAAGAAAGAGCAACUUUUAUCUGUAAACAUGUUUUUUUUCCCAGAACGUAAGUGGCCUAGCUGUAGCUUCACCUUGUUUAAAUUCUGUAAAAAAAAAAACGAUAAAAAAAAAAAAAAACUUCUAUAAAGCACAUUUUGUUGUCUGAUUAUUGAUGGGUUAUAGUCAACAGAUCCAAUCACUGUGAUCUGAUCACUGCUAAUAGUUUUUCUGUAAUGAAAAAGGAAUUGACUACUUUCUGUAGUCAAUUUCUGUAUUGACUACAGAAAAAAAACUGUAGUGAAUAAACUUUAAAAUCAAUCAAUAAAAGAUCUAUUAUUACUUCCAUAAACAGUGUCACAUUCUACACACCUGGUUCAGCUAGAAGUCUGAUUGACAUUGUAAAAAUCUAAACUAAGCAUCAAGUCCUGUUGUGUGGACGCAGCCUUAAUUUAAACUGGAUGUUUGGACCAGACUGGGUGUGUUAUGGUGUCUUGGAGUUGAUGUAUUGAUUACAGAUUUUUUGUUCAGGCAAAGCUAAAUAUCUAGAAACAUUUUGUUACUCUAUGUGAGUGAUGGACAGUUUCUGCAUCUCUUUCUUCUUGCCAAGUUGUGCCUGAACCAUUUUUUUUAAAAUUUGUUUAUUGUUUUUUUAACUAUAUGUAAACACCAACACAAGUAAACAAGAACAACCCAUCCCGAACAAACAUGGAGCACAGCAGUGUCAACAUAAAAUAAAAAAAUAAAAGAAAUAAUUAAUUAAUCUAAAAAAAAUUAUAAUAACAAUAAUAAUAAAAAAUAAAUAAACUACAACAAAAAAAGACAUACAUACAGCCUACAUACACAAAGUACAGGCAGACAUUCCCAGGCAAAGAUUAAAAUAGUCAAAAACUCUCAGGUCAAGUGAGUGAUAUAGUAAAUGUAAAGAAAUAAAAAAUUUAUUAAUUAAUAAAAUAAGUAAAGAUUACAGUCUCUGUAAGAAAGAUUGCAUUUUAUUUUUGCAUUGCAUUUUAUUCUAUCUCUGAUUAUUUAACUUAAAUCCAGAUGUUUUUAUUUAAACCUCCAGGAAAAUAAGAGGUCUAACUUCAUCAGUGCCAAACAGCUAAUUAAAAUGUUUAAUUCUCUCUGA